AUGUCAGAUACAACAUCAACUCAGGCAUCAGAAGAGACGCCAAAGGAAUAUGUUUCAGAAUGGGAAAGAAGAAGAUAUGUUCCAAAGGCUGGUGAACCAGCUUUGCCACCACAGCUCGCAGAAUACUCAAACAAAACCACGGAUGAAGUGAUCGAAGAGUUGAACCGUUUACCUUUUUUCAUGACUAAACUAGACGAAUCUGACGGUGAUGGUGGGGAAAAUAUUAAUUUGGAAGCAUUAAAAAGUUUAGCAUAUGAAGGGGAUCCAGAUGAAAUUGCUACCAAUUUCAAGAACCAAGGGAAUGAUUGUUACAAAUACAAGAAAUACAAGGAUGCUAUUAUUUACUACACCAAGGGUCUCGAGGUUGAUUGCCAAGUUCCUGCCAUUGACUCUGCCUUAUAUUUAAAUCGAGCUGCCUGUAAUUUGGAAUUGAAGAAUUAUAGACGCUGUAUUGAAGACUGUAAAAAGGUAUUGAUGAUUGAUGAAAAGAACAUAAAGGCAUGUUUCAGAUCAGGAAAGGCAUUCUUUGCGAUUGAAAAAUUCGAUGAAGCCAUUAAGAUCAUCGAAUACGGGUUAAGCGUGGAUCCAGAAAACAAAGAUUUACUUAAAUUGUUAAAAACUGUCAAAGACAAACAACAAUUACUUGCAGAUAUUGAAGCCAAGAAGAAGCAAGAAGAGGAACAACAACGUUUAGAGAAUAUUGUUUUAGAAAACUCAAUAAAGUUAAGACACAUUGAAAUAAUCAAAAGUUCGAGUCCUCCAGAUGCUUUGAAAGAAGCUAAAAUUCGUUUGGAAGAUCCAAAAGAUUACCAAUCUCAAUUGAUUUUCCCAGCCAUGAUUUUAUACCCGACUACAGAUGAGUUUGAUUUUAUUGGCGAAAUCAGUGAAUUGAGUACACCCUUGGAGUUACUAGAGAUUGUCUUGGAUAGACCAAGUGAGUGGUUUGCUGAUCCCAAACACAAGGACUUUAAUGUCAAGAAAUUGGAAUGCUUUAUGGAAACAGAGUCUGGUGGGUUAGUCAAAGUUGGUAAAAAACUCGAGGUUAACAAUGCCUUGAUGAACGAUAAACCAAAAGCACCAUUGUUUGAUAAUGCUUUGAGACUUUAUGUAGUUCCAAAACCAGACGUUGCUAAAUGGACAUCGGAAUGGAACAAAGAUUCCGCUUUGGCUGCACGUAAAUAG